AUGGGGCCGCCGUCCAAGAAAUGGGCUUGGUCAAUCUGCAAGAGCUGCAACAACUGGGCGUACGACUGGAAGAUCAAGCGCAAUGGAGGCUACUGCGCCAAGUGCGACUCGUUCGUCACUCUCUGGGCGGACACAACCUCGGCGUCGCGCAAGCCACCAUGGGGAGACCAACCUACCAAGGGCACCUACGCGGAAGUGGUGUGCAGGCAGCUGGCCCACGCCGUCUCCAAGCUUGGGCCCGACCAGAGCAUGCAGGAGCAGCUGGAGCACCUGCAGACUACCAUCUCCCAGAAGUGCGCCCCGCCCAAGAAGGAGUUACCCAAGUCUGCGGCACUCAAGCAGGCAAUCGGCAAGGUCAACUCCGCCAAGGCUAAGCUCGAAGGCGUCACCAAGCGUCACCUGGACGCUGAGAAGGCGCUGGCCAAGCUCGCUGAGCAGGUGGCGCAGGCCGCGGCGGAGGUCUACGAGGCACAGCAGGAGCACUCGAAGGCGCUGGAAGAAUACAACAUGCACUCGGUGGCGGAGGGCACGGCGGCCAAGCCCGAGCAGUCGGGCUUUCAGGUGGACGAGAGCCUCUUCGCCGAUGAGGAGGACCUGGAGCAGACUCAGAAGGACCAGCUUGCGAAGUUCAGGGAGGACGCGAAGUCCUUGCAGGAGUUGUUGGAGCGCGCCAAGACGCAGCAGGAGGCCCUGCUCACCAUGGUCGAGAGCGCGAAGAAGAUCAAGGCUGAUCAUGCGGCAAAGAAGCGCAGGAUCAACGAAGGCGGCAUCUCAGAGGGCGACCACCACUUCACCAUCGGUUGGUACGGCAGCUGCGGGCGGCGCUACGGGCUAUUCUUCUGGUCGGGCUGGUAUUUAGCCCACCAUGGCAGCCGCCUGCAGCGCUGGACAGAUGCGGACGCAGCUUGUCAAAACUGGCGUCGCAGCCAGUGUGAGAGAGCUCGCAAUCAGACAUGUGAGACAGCCAAGCCAGCGAAGGUCACCAGUAUAUUCUUCAGCAAUAUCACACAAUGGGGCGAGAAACCUCAGAAGUUCCUCAACGAGAGCCAGGAACUUGCUCAGAUAUUCGCCUUCACGGAGUCCCACGUGCCGCAGCCAGGCAUCACGAAGCUGAAGAAAGACCAGAGCAAAGACGGAUGGAAAGCAUCAGUCACGGCAGCUACCCCGACGCGACGCUCGAAGGAGGGCAACGGCGGAGGCGAGCUGCUCAUCGCCAAGGCGCACUUGGCGACCACAACGUUCGACGUGAUGAGGGAGACCCUCAAGGCUCGAGGACGACAGGACCCAUUCAGAGGGUUCACGGCCAUGACUAUCCACCUCAGCGGAGGCAAUGUCGUUCUCUUCUCCCUCUACCUGCUUCCCAAGGAGGGCAUGCAGGGCAGCAACUUUGAAAAGAUUAAGGCGCUCUCGACGGUCAUAGGGAGCAUCACAGAUCCUUGGAUUAUCAUGGCAGAUUGGAAUAUGCCCCCGUCCCUGGUCGAGAAGUCAG